GGCCGCCCCCCGGUUGGCUGGCGGGGCGGAGCGCGGCGGCGGCAAGAUGGCGGUGGCCGGCGGCGGCCCCGGUUCGUCGUCCCGGUCCCCGGAGCGGCGGCACGACCCGCUGUCGCGGUUCACCUGCCCGGUGUGCCUGGAGGUGUACGAGAGCCCGGUGCGCGUGCCCUGCGGACACGUCUUUUGCACUCCGUGCCUGCAGGAAUGCCUUAAGCCGAAAAAGCCGGUUUGUGGUGUCUGCCGCAGUACCCUGUCGCCUGGUAGCAGAGCUCUGGACUUGGAAAAGCAAAUCGAAAUGACAGAAACCACUUGCAAUGGCUGCAAUAAAAAAAUGUAUCUCUCAAAGAUGCGUAGCCAUGCAGCUUCUUGUUCCAAGUACCAGAAUUACAUCAUGGAAGGUGUGAAAGCUGUAACUAAAGAACCGCUUCACAACACCAGGAACUUCCCAAACCGCUUUACCUUUCCUUGUCCGUAUUGCAGCGAGAAAAACUUUGAUCAAGAAGGACUAGUUGAACACUGCAAAACGUUGCACAGCAUGGAUGCAAAACAAGUGGUUUGCCCAAUUUGUGCCUCAAUGCCAUGGGGAGAUCCAAAUUACAGGAGCGCUAACUUCAUGGAGCACCUUCAGAGACGACAUCGCUUUUCGUACGAUACUUUUGUGGAUUACGAUGCUGAUGAAGACGAUAUGAUGGCACAGGUUUUGAUGCGUUCUUUGCGGGAUAAAUGAACCGACUAGAAGAUUAACUGUAAAACCAAGCUUCCAUGAGGGGGAAAUGCCCAGCAUCCUCGCACUUCUCCCUGUACAUCCCAGGAUGAACUCAGGCAUCCAGAAAUACAGAAGACUUUAAUCCCUAUCUCAAGUUUCCAAUCCUGGUUUGAGAUUUCUGUAACACUCAGUCUUUAGUUAACAUGGUCUUUGCCAUUCGACACUAUCAGCCUAAUUUUCUUGCUUCACACAAAGCUUCAUUGUAAGUCAACAUGGAGGAGACGAAUCUGUUUUCCUUUACCUAUGCCUGUUUCUCAGUUUCUUUCGCUGCUGUGUUCAUCUGACCGUCUGAAAACAAAACCAUUCCAAAUGGAAUGGCCUGAAUGAGUUAAUAAAUAUCCCUUCCCUAUCUCAUUUACAUAUCUUAAACGAUAGUAUGAGAGGCGUAUUUGUAGCUCUCUUUUCCUUUAGUGAGACCUCUAGGUGCUAACUGCAGUUGUCAGACCAGCUCUCAUUGAAAGCGACUUACGAUGCCGGUGACUUCAUAAUGUUUCCCAGUGUUUAAAUUCUUACACGCAGCCUCAGCUAUAUGGAAGACAUCUUCAGUAUGGGCCUUCAAACUACAAACUUCCCUAGCAAAUCUUUGCACCUGUGUAAGCAACUACUUCAAAAUAUUUUAGUUCUAUGCAUGACUGUUACUUUCUUCCAUACUUUGGCCAUAAUUUCUAGCCUAGAAAAGAAACUUAAAUGUUGGUCUUAGUUAAAAUGCAUAAUUUUUUUGAACUAUCUUUAGCAAAUAUUAACCAUAUUUGCUGGCUUUAUGAUUAAAUUGAUGGUUUUGAAACUGGUUUUCUAGGGAUUUUAAGCCUUAUGCUGAUAGGGAAAUUCAGAAGGUUUUUUUCAAUACCUCCGCUUUCUAUUUAAACUAAAAUUUUUGUAUAUAUUUCUGGUUUUUCCACCUCUCAAGGCAAGCUGGUGACAAAACUUACCAAUAAUCCAUAGCACUCGCAUAGCACUACCUUCCUGCAUUACAGAUUUUAACAGGUAUUUUGAAUUCCCGUUCUGCAUUUAAACGUUGCUCAAUUAGCUGAAGCUGUACUUGGAUUGUUUUCCAUAUAAUAUUACUUGUAUAGUGUGCAGGUAGGGCUUUCAAAGAAAAAGUAAAACAUACCCCAGAAAGCCGGGUGGCAAUUCCAGUACCUGGGCAAAGGACACUCGUACUCAAGUCUACAGUUCUGCUGUAGAGAUUCCUCUUCAGUUUAACAUUAACAGCACAGUCAGGAUGCUGAGAAGAAUUGGAGACGCCUGACCUGAACUUGUAAAUCAUGGUAGUGUUGAGAUGUCUAGUCUAAUUUAAGCAUGUGUAAUUGGAGCAGUGGACCUGCACCACCACAGAAUUGAGUACUAAUUAAUUUAUUUGACCAGUAAACAUAAUAUCAUCAUGUUCUGCAGACUGCAGCAUAGCCUUACCCUUAAAACAACGAACCGCGCCCCGCUCAAACCUCUUGAUUAAACUUUGCGUCCAGCCAGACCCCCUAACAGAUUUAAGUUGAACUUGGCUUUAGUAUGCUUUCCCCAACUUGGUUUGGGCUAGUAUAGAGUCAUCCUUAGGCGUCUGCUUGGUGACUGGAAGCUCAGCCUUGGGGGCGGAAAAAUAAAACCGUGUUACUGUGGAAAAAUAACCACGUUUGGGGUUGGUUAUUUCUAAUGCUUGAUCUGCAAAGAGAUUACCGUGUGCUCGCGGUUGGAUGGGGAUUUCUGGGCUCUGGCUGGUUUGGUGGUACCCAGUGACUGGAAUCUGGAUUUCUGCUACUAUUCCAAGUGCACUUCCAUGCAAUUCUGAUAAAACGUUUAAGGAGCGGUUAGAAGCUUCCGAGCAAUUACUUUGUCAUGUUUUUGACUUUUGAAGAUAGGUUACAAAUAAAGGUCAUUUAAUUUAUAAAAUCCUA